CAUCCAAUUUCUCAAUCCUCUAACAAUGUCUUCAUCACAUUCAAUUAUUCAGCUACCAAUUCUCGAAACUGAAAAUAUAGAUACAGCCAGAACCUAUAACGAUCUCUGCUACGAUUUAUCGUCUCUUCAAGAUCUCGCUUGUCGUGGAGCAUGGAGAUCGAUUCUCGAUAAAGUAAGUCAAGCACGAACUAGAUCUCUCUUAUCUAAACCACACGAACAUCUCGUGUAUCUAUCGUAUAACGUAAUCGCUCUUACAAAACUACGUCGUUUCUCUGAAGCAAUUAAUGAGCUAGAUUUAGUUGAAAAAGGAUUAGAUAUAUAUAGAUACGAAACUUAUCCGCAUCAUUAUCCUAAUCGAAAAGGCUCCAUGGCUCCAUUCGUGUUACGUUGGCUACACGCUGAGUUACCUUCUAGGUUAGGAAAACGUCAGGAAACGUUAGAUCGGUUUUAUGUAUUGUUACAGUUUAUUAAAGAGAAAUUAAGUCGUAACUUGACAAACGAGUCACGAAAAGUAUGGAGGAAACGGAAGUGUUUAGUGAUUAAUUCGAUAAUUAGUCAUCAUUUAAGUUAUAAAGAGUAUGGAGUGUGUUUGAAUUUGAUUAAGGAUUUAUUAAAUAAUUAUGAAUCAAGUGAUGAUAAUUAUUCUGGUGGUAAGGCAGUUUUGAUGUCGAAGUUAGGGUAUAUACAGAUGCAAUUUGGGGAUCUAAAAGGCGCGAAGGAGACUUUUCGUGUGAUUGAGGAAAUUGUGAAAGAAGAAGGAACAGGGGAAAAAAUUGAGAUGAAAAACUUGGUGAAUAGGAAUAAGGCGUUGAUGUUUAUGGUCGAAAAGGAUUAUGUAUCGGCGGUUAGGGAGUAUCAGGAAUGUAUUGAUAGAGAUGGUUCAGAUGUGAUUGCUAUCAACAAUAAGGCGCUUUGUUUGAUGUAUAUGCGCGAUUUGUCUGAUUCUAUCAAGGUCAUGGAGAACGCGUUGGAGAGGAUUCCUACGUCUGCGUUGAACGAGACGUUCGUGGUGAAUUUGUGCAGUAUGUAUGAGUUGGCUUAUAUUAAUCAUUCGGAUAUUAAGAAAACACUUGGUAGCUGGAUUGCUCGUGUAGCGCCUGAUGAUUUUGAUACUUCUUGUACUCGGAUAUGAGCAGACAUGCUGACAUUCUUUUGAUGGUUAGUAUUCUUAAGAAAUCGAUUUU